CCGCCUACUCCAUUCUCUACUAGCAUUUCCGGAAGAGGCCUUGAUCAUCAACAGCGUCUGAAUGUACAAUGAAUAAUUUUACUAAAUCUCGCAGGAUUUCUGGCCAUUUUAGUCAGUAUUUCUCAAAACGGAUAUUCAUGCGCAGCAGUCACAGUCUGCUGUUGAGCCUAUGAGUUCUUCUAAUGGCAUACAUUUCACCACAUUUUUGCCACCUGUACCCGGAGCUGACAUGCAUCGAUGCAUUCGACAAUCACUGAAUCAGGAGCUCUGUUGUACAAUUAUUCGGUCUGUAUCCCAGCAUGGGCCCGGAAGUUGUUUGGGAUUCCCAGGUAUAAAAAAAAAAUCCCGGAGAUGCUGUCGUCGCCUGGGAAAACAAACAGCUAUCCAGACAGUUAAAAAGGAAAACACCGAUCGGUCGCCAGGUAAGGAAGAGGCUCGUGGACUUCACCGCGGCGCUUGGUAAGACCAUCCAUCGGUUUUCAUUUGGAAGUACCGCAUGUUUUUGAGUAGUUGGUAGGGUGAAUGCCAUUUGUCGUGUGGUCGGGUGCCAUAGCAACGCCUCAUGAGAAACAUUGUAUAGCCCAGGCCAGUUUGACGUGCUCGAUGUUGGAUGACAGCUGCGUUCAUGCGGACAAUUUGGACAGUGGCAACUCCUGCAACAAAUUGCCGUUGUGACUCGCCGCUGUCUCGACCGUCCAUGAGCCGAUUGGUGCCAUAACGGACCAAAUCCACCGAGCAGCUAAAACAAGUAGUCACGGAUAUAUGGAGAAGCAUGAUAAUUAGUUAUUUGAAAAUAUAACGCUAUAUGUUUUACUGCACAGUCGCCCAUGUCGGGCAGAAAGGAUUCAGGCAAGGGUCGGCGCUGGUGCGCGUGCCUUUUUUAAUCGCCGUGCCCUGGUGUGACUGGCGCGUCUCCCGGCUGCAUCAGCGCCUGUUGCUCCCCAUGCGCGGCCAAUGCCAGGAUAUUAAUUUUCCCUGCGAUGUGUUGUCUCCGCCCCCCCCUCCACACAGUCUCCUCUGCCCGUUGUUGUCAUCCAUUUGAGCAAAAGGUGCAGCACACAACAUCUGGGUCUGUUUCUCCAUCUCUCUCUCUCUUUCAACAUGAAAUUGAAUAGAACAUCACCUUAACUCUGGUCACAUAAAAUCAACAUAUUGUAUGUCUGGAAAUUUUGUAAUUCAGCACCGACAGUGUUGGAGAUUGGUGUGGUCUACAUACCUCACUUAUUGUCUGCUGUGGAUAAACUGUAGCCAUGUCACUUACAGUACAUUUCCCGCAUUAUUUAUUAUUAGCCUAUGGCACAUAUACAGAGAGGGUGGAAAAAUAAUAGGAACAAUUAACAAUAAAGAACUACAGCAAGUAAUUAUAACCUAUAAACUUAAUCUCAACAAAAUUCAAUAUUAUAAGAUUUUUGAAGCUAUAUAGGCCUAAUGUAUAUGUAUAAUCCACAUAUAUAUAUGGAUUAUUAGAAAACUGCACUACAGGUUUUGCACAUUUAUACACAGUGGUUAGGGUAAUGUACUAAAUAGCUUUCCAACUUAGAUUUUAUAAUCUGUAUAUAUUAUUAUAUAGCAUUUUUUUUCUACUUAUGUUAUUUUCCUCUUUAAUUCUCUGGUCUUCUUCUUGCGCUGCUGUAAUAAUAAACUUCCCUCCUGGGAUCAAUUAAGUUUGACCUCAUCUUAAUAUAGAAUUUUGUUGAAAGCUUCAAAUGGUAGUUUGUGGGGGUGUUGCACUAGAUUAAUAGUUUUAUAGUGUAAGGUGUUCCAGCUAUUUUGUCCACCCCCAGUAGUUUUAACUCCUCCUCCAACACUCUUGGCCAUUAGCUUUCUAUAAAUGUAGAGCCUCUCAUAUUCAUUUGCUGGUCACGGUGCAGAAGAAUCUACAUGAUACAGAAAUAGCAGGGCAGAACCCAAGUUUACUAGUUUAGUUUAUUACAGUGAACUUAUUAUUAGACACUUGGAACAGAGAGCAUAAAGCUAUCUGUUUCCUAGCCUUAUUCUUGUACUAACAAACAGCUAGCAUCUGGUGAGAGAAUGAAUGCUGAUGACUGCAAUGGACGCUCAUAUGCACAAGGUAAUGGAGGAGAGUCAUCAACGGAACAGGAUUUUUAUGGCGGGUCACAGGGCCCUUCAGCAAGAUCUCCAAACAGUCAGCAGUCCUCACCACACCGCUCCCUUAGUGCAAACUCCAUCAAGGUUGAGCUGUGCAGUGAUGAUGAGUCACCAGGUGCUCCACAGCCAGAGAACAGAGAGGCUGUGAGGGACGAUAGCCGGAGGGAUGACAUUGGGGACCCCAUGGAAGAAGGGAGCACAGAGUACGCUGGGGCUAGAAGAGAUAGAGCGAGCAUUUACAAUGAGAUGGCCAGUCCAAACGCUGCUUCACCAGGACCUAUCCGUCUGCCCAAUGGGAAGCUCCAGUGUGAGGUGUGCGGGAUGAUCUGCAUCGGACCCAACGUGCUGAUGGUGCACAAGCGUAGCCAUACAGGUGAGAGGCCGUUCCAGUGUAACCAGUGUGGAGCUUCCUUCACCCAGAAGGGGAACUUGUUACGCCACAUCAAGUUGCAUUCGGGAGAGAAGCCUUUCAAAUGUCCCAUUUGCAACUAUGCUUGUCGCCGGAGAGAUGCCCUGGCUGGACAUCUACGCACACAUGCAGUUUCUUCUCCAACGGUGGGAAAACCUUUCAAGUGCAGCUACUGUAGUCGCAGCUACAAACAACAGAGCACACUGGAGGAACAUCUAGAGCGCUGCCAUAGUUAUCUGAAGAGUCUGGACCACCAGACAGCAGUCAACACACAGACAGCACAGGGUGACGAGUCCAUAAAUAUGGAGACAAUUGCUAAACCUGUGCUCCAGCCAUCCAAUGAAAAAAUCCAUUUUGUGGAUAGACUGGCUAUUAGUAUCACCAAACGCAAGAGGUCAACACCACAGAAGUUUUUGGGUGACAAGCACAUGCACCUUGACCUACCUGAAGCACCUUACGAAUUGUCCUCUGGCUCUGAGAAGGAGGGGGACCUCAUGAGCUCUCAGCCUGCAGGGGACUCUGCUGGGCUGGCUGGUUCACAUCUUCAAGGCGGCAGGGGUAAAGGGGAGAACCACGAGCCACCUGUGCUCCAUCCUGCCUUCAUGUCGGAGCUACGCACAGUUAUGGGCUCCAUCAACAGCAACGUGACUCCUCAGGGCCCCCGAGCCCAUGGUGGAGGUGGGCCGACAGCAAUGCCUCCUGUCCUGUCUGGGCGGGAGGUGGGUGAAGGCCGUGAUGACCAACCCUCAGUCCAUAGCCACACCACCUCACCCAACGGCUGCCCCGACUCUACAGACACAGAGAGCACAGCAGAAGAGCAGAGCACAAGGGCUACAGCCCCGACAAGUACCUCCAACAACCACCACCUCCACUACCAAACCCUAGCACUGCCCCGCAGCCAUCCCACUUCCAGCCCCAGCCAGGCCAAAGACUUAGACCCAGAGUGGGAGAGAGCGUGUCCUGUACCCCCCACCAUAGUAAAGAGGAGCCCUGGCUCACUCCUUUCUUCUAGGGAGACUGUGCAGGUAUUAGAAAGGGAUGGCCGGCCUGUGCGCUCUUUCCACUGCCGGCACUGUCGCAUCCUCUUCCUGGACCAUGUCAUGUUCACCAUCCACAUGGGUUGUCACGGCUUCCGCCAACCCUUCGAGUGCAACAUCUGUGGCCACCGCAGCCAGGACCGCUACGAGUUCUCGUCCCACAUCAGCCGUGGAGAGCAUCAGGUGGGCUGAACACAGGGGAUAGUGGUCAGGUGAGGAGAGGUGACUGCUGCUCUCUAAAGUUGUGGGCUCACGUUUGUUCUGCACCAGAUAAGUUGCUUUAAAUCCAUAGUGUUAGUAAAAGGAUUUGUGGUUUUAUUGUGAGAAUAUUUAUUAAACAAAAGCAGACGCGAGUGAAAAAUCUUUUCACCGCAACAUUUAAAGUUUAAUGGAGGCAAAUUACAUUCUAUGAUUGAUUGCACUCCCAUAUCAAAUCAUAUGGCAAAACUGCUGGUUUUUCUUCAAAAGUGCCUUCUUUGGGGAUUUCCUCUUAACUAAAAAAAAAACUGGAGGGGAACUGGUGCUCAAAAAUCUCGACUAGCCAUCUUUUGCUAAGUGAUUUAGUUAGCACUUUUGAGAGGUCAUGUGCACUGGCAGUUAAGAAAAGCAUGUACAUUUUAAGAAUUAUAUUUGGUAUGCUUAGUAUGUACUAAGAGCUUUGUUUUUGUGGUUGAAUAGGGUAUUUUGUGUAGUGUGUCAGGUAAGCUUUAUAUGCACUGAGAGCUUUGUGCCUCUGGGUUUGGGAGGAGCUUUUGUCACAGACGAAGCACAGAAAUGGAUUGCCUUAACUCCUGCAGUAGUUCGCUGCUGUAGGAAUACAUUGUUUACAGCAUGGUUCAACAGUGUGUGAAGUCACCUCAGAAGAGAGAAUAUCAGGACAAAGCAAAAUCAUGAAGGAAAUUAACUUGAAAACAUUCACCUGAGGGUGAAACGGGCGUUCAGGGCUCUGAUGUAAGAUAGGUGUUUGGAUUUUAAAGUGAGCCUUAGAAUACUGGUGCAGAUCAGACCACGAGCCAUGUAGUGUACAGUAAGAGCUUGACUGAGAUGGCCCAGGGUGCUAUACCUAUACGGGAUUGCACUUUUAGGUUUCCUGCUUAUAUAUGAACAUCUUUGCCGAAGCACUUGAUGGCUUUACACAUUUUUUUCUGUGAUUGUUCUACUGCACUGAUAAAUCGCAUAAUACUCACAAUAAUUGAUCAUCUAAUUUGCAACACCAGUGUGUUUUUAACGGAGCCAGCCUUCUACAGAAUCCCACAGCGUUGCACUGGUUCUGCGGUCUACACUCAAGUUUGCUGCAAUGUGAGACUGAGAAUUAAAUAUCAGUUCAACUAAAACUAUUAUUUUGCCUUUUGCACUCAGCAGUUGAGGCUGAGAUUUUAAACAAUUUGCAUAAUGUAAGUGAAUUAACAAAUGAAUUAUUUAAAAAUUUAUUAGCAAAUCAGUUUGGAUCUGUUCAGUUAUCACUUGUGAUUAUCUAUUUAGUGUUGUUUGUUUCAGCCUUGGUGUAUUUAAUCAGCUAUAUUCCAAAUCUUAUCCAGCAAAUUCCUCAAGUCCAUGAAAUGUUACCUCCUGCUUCUUUAUAGCACCCAAAAACCUUAUUGCUACAGUAUGGUGAGUUAUCUGAUAAUGUUAAUAUUGGGAACAUGAAUGAGACCAAACUCAGUAUUCUUACUUGUUAUUGUGGGUUUGCUGCUUCAUAGUUUAACUUAAUUUCCUUUAAGCGCAGGCAAAAAUAUACUUGAAACUGUUUGAGAAAAAAAGUGAUCUAAAAAUGCACUUGGUUUGAUAAGUAGAGAAGCGUGUGUGAAUGGAAUAUAGCAUGUGUGCUUGUCAUUUUCUGCUUUUCCCUGAAUUGUGAAUUAUUUUUGAAAUGUGAAGUAAUUUCAAGAAGUGAAAAUGAGGCAUGGGUUUUUGUCUCCUUGUGUGGACUUUUCAAUGUUAUAUGAUAUUUUGUGAAUGAUGUAACAUGACAAAACACUUUACCUCAAAGUUAAAGAUGUACAACUGCCUCAUUACUGUAUUUAAAAAAGUCAUGUUGCUUUCCAAGAUGUUCUUGCAGUUACAAAUGCGUGCCCCUCGAUAUUCUCAAAACUUUUUACUGUCAAUAAAGUUACGUUUAUUGUAAAAGUGA